AUGACGGCUUGCGAGAGGAUGAACGAAGCAGCGGUCCAGCGGCACCGGGAAUGGGCGCGGGAGGUGCGGAUCCGUAGCCGGAAGGCGAGCUCUGGCCGGAUCCAGGGCGAGAACGGCAGAGAUGGCCGGCUGGGCAGGAGGCGCGAGCACAGGGACUUGACGCGGCGGGGCUCCUCAACGCAGGAAGCAGCGGGCGAUGGCGCUGGUCACAGAGCAAGGCAAGGUCGAAGGAGCAGGAGGGAGCAUGCAGGCGAACUUGAUGACGAGGGGCCAUGGUCGCGGGCGCGUGAGGAAGAGAAGGAGGCGGCUCGGGGCAUCGGAAUGGCCAUGGCACCAUGGGGAAAAUGCAGAGGCAGGGCGCAACACGACAGCAGUACGGCGGCGGCUGCAGGCUCGCAGCGAGGAGAUCCAUGGAUCGGGACGAGGGGUGCAGCGCUGCUCUCUCCCUGUCUCUCUCUGACGGCGCAAGCACAGGAGGGAGGAAGGGAUCGAUGGGGGAGAGAGGUUUCGGGCGCUGGCGCUGAAUGUGUGCGGCGCUGCGGGAGGGAGGAGAACGGGGAGAUGGGGAUCGGGCCAAGGAGAGGGUUAGGGUUAGGAGGGGAGGAACUGGGCCUUGGAGGCCGGCCCAGGGAGGGGAAGUGGCCAGAGGCCUGCCGGCUGGAUGGGCCUCGCUGGAACCCAGUUCAGCUGGGCUCUCUCUACUCUCUUCUCUUAGCCAAAUAG